GGUUUAGCGGAACGUUUGGCGCAUGCGUAGAUCUAAAAGGUCACAAAAAUUGAUGGUUUGUGCAUCGUAGAUGUCAGUGUAGUGAAGAAAGGAAAAUCAUGGCGCUGUAUUUUGAGUUAUUUGUGGUCAUAUUAGGAUUAUCGUUAAUACAUGGAGAAACAGUCAACAGUAUUGUCAUUUACCCUAAAGAGGAAACACUGCUGUACAGAAAUGGUACUAUGGUCGUCUUGUCAUGUCAAGUCAGAAGUAAAGAAAAUGGCACUGAAUUGAAAUGGGAAGGUUCUGUGGUAAUGAGCACAAUCAAUUCACUAAAUGUGGAUCCUGAAACCAAAGACGAGUUGUUAACAAAUAAUUUAACCAUCACUUCUUUUAAAUCAGUAAACAGUGGAGUUUAUACUUGCAAACAUGUUAACAGAAAUGCUGUUUUGAGCCAAGCAAGUCGUACCCUAAAGUUAGUUACAGAAACUAAAGAAGGCUUUACAUUUAAUGAAGCAAACAAGACAGAAUCUGCCAAUUUGUCAUGCAAUAUAAACUUGCCAAAUGUCAAGAAUGUUACAUGGAUAAAAAACAACAUUGAUUUAUCUGACAAAAGUCACUACAUAGAAGAAAAUAAUACAUUGACUAUUAAAAAUCCAGAAAGGAAGCAUGCUGGAACAUACAUUGCACGGUUCUUUAUUGAAGGUUCAUCAGAUCAUUAUGACUGUGAAGUAGAUUUUACAGCACCUCCUCAUGUGGACGACUUUGAAAAGGCUAAAAACUUGAUACAGGAUGACAAUAUGGAGCUGCAGUGUAAAGUUCAAGGCUUCCCACAUGCAGUAGUCACAUGGUACAAAGAUGAUAUUGAGCUGAAUGUGACAGAAGGAGGUCGUGUUACUCUCAUGCCUCUAAAUGGUUACAAGAAUGCUCACCUGAAGAUUAAGAGUGUAGAGUUUUCUGAUGCUGGGGAAUAUGAGUGCAAGGCUUACUCAGCAUACUUUGAUGUAUCAUCCUCAAAGAAAGUCACAGUGAGAGUCAAAGACAAACUAGCUGCUCUUUGGCCAUUCCUUGGAAUUGUUGGUGAGGUAAUUAUUCUCUGCACUAUUAUCUUCAUUUAUGAGAAGCGCCGCAACAAGAGAGCAGAACAAGAAGAAAUCAAUGCACAAGAAGCUAAAAAUUCAGAAACAAAAGCUGGUCUUCGUCGUCGUGAAAAAAGAAGUGAAAAUUAAUGAUGAUGCAAUUUCUGACAAGAAAGAUGGCCUUAGACAUCGCAACACAACCUCCAACAACCCCACUGCUUAAAGAAGAAUUGUUUUGUUUUAUGUUUAUUGUUUGUUGCUAAAUCACAAUUUUACCUGGUUGUUUUUUAGACAAACCUGAACACUAAGAGUGCUUAAGUACAUUUUUAACAUUUCUAUUACAGUGUCAUAAGCAAAAAUUGAAACUUUUUUUUGUUCUAAAAGGAAUUUAAAAAAAAUAAACAGAUACAACUUGGAAAUGUUAUUUGGCUUAUUAUAAGAUUAUCUGUAAGCUAUGGAGAUGGCUAACAUCUAGAGAAUAAAUGUUUUUUUUUUUUUUAUUUCUUAAUUUAAUUUUCAAACAUUGUAAUCUUGUACUGCCUUUAAACAGAAUUUUAUCCGAAAUCAAGUAUUAUUUUCACAAUAGAAUAUAAUAAAACUAAGUGUUUUGUACAUUUUGUCCCUAUUAUUAUGCAAAAGGUGUUUGGCCUAAUUUAACAUUUUCUUGCCCUUAGGUAAUCAAACUCACAUGGUAGGUAGUUUAGACCAUACAAUAAUGUCAUAAUUUUUGUAGAAUAAAUGUUAUUGUCUAGAAAUUAGAACUUGUAUACACCCUUCUGCCCAAUCAGAACUUUCUGCUAUAAACACUAUAUUGUAAAAUACAACAGAAACAUUGGUUGUAUUUUUUUUUUAUACCAUAAGGUAUGAUAUUAUUGUUUAAAACUCUAAAAUCAUGUACAUUUAAAGUGAAUCUAGUGAACUCAGUUGUUUUUUUUUCAAUAGCUGUUCAUAAAAUUUGUGUGUGUAUAUUCAGAACUCUUCAUUCAAUUUUUUUUUUCUAAUACUUUUUAUUAUUAACUUAACACUAUUUUAAGUGGUUUCUAUGUGUGGUAAUGACUUUGAAAUGUAAGAUGGAAUGGAAGACAUUGAAUUUUUCUUUGAUCCAUUGUGUGAAACAUCUCAUUGAUACUGCUCAGUAUGCAUGGUUUGAAUGGUGCUUACAGGAUGUGAAUACACAGCAUGAGAUGGUGUAGUGAAUGAUUUAUUAAAUCUGUGAUAAAUAAGGAUAGAAGAAACAGUUCUCAUCAAGUUUCUUAGCGUUGUAUUUCCAUUACAAUUUCUAAAUGAACCAUUUGUUUAGCAAAUGCAUGCUUCCCCUAGUGUUAAUUAUUGUAACAGUAAGUGUAGUAGUGUGAUAAUGUUGUCUUUUUUGAUGGGAGAACUUACUGCUUUUUUUUUCCAGGCAUGUAAUGUCUUUAGUUUAGAUGAUCACAUUCCAGCCUGCAUUUUAUAAAGCUUUUAGAGUGUUGUUUUUCUAUUAAUACAAUAGCUGCAGGUGUUGUUUUUUUUUAAAGAUGAUUUGUACAUUAAGUUGAACCUAAUAUUGUAUGAUUUCCAAACUUAAUUUUAACAUCCUUGUAAAUGUUUGUGUGAUGUGAACAUUUUGUUAUAUUUUGUACUUGGUCUUAAGAUUGUUUUGCUCCAUAUGAUAUAAACAAAUUAAUCUCUAA